AUGGCUUUCAUCAGCUACACUGCAAUGCUCAGGUUACAGCUUUUGGUGCUGGUUCUAGCACUCACCGUAAGGAGCUUACCCCAUGUGAGGGCAGUUCAUCCUCAGCUCGGCAAAGGAGGUGGCUUUGAAAGGCUUAGUGAAGAUUGCCUGACCCAAAAGGACCUGAAAUUCCCGACAACAGUGAAAGUUGACAUUCGUAUCAGCAAUUCAGAUCCUGUCUUUAGGAUGGUCCAUGACGUCAGGAACCGGUCGCUUGCUCCUUGGGAUUACAGGCUCGACGAGGACCCCAAUCGCUUUCCCCAGGUGAUUGCAGAUGCCAAGUGCCGCCUCUCCAGCUGCGUGAACCCGCAAGGGCAGGAGGACCACAGCCUGAACUCCGUCCCCAUCCACCAGGAGAUCCUCGUCCUCCGGCGGGAGCAGCGGGGCUGUCUGCCCACCUACCGCCUGGAGAAGAAGGUCAUCACCGUGGGCUGCACCUGUGUUACCCCAGUUAUCCAGUACCAGGCCUAG